UUUCCCCCAGGGCCGGCCCCGAUUUCAGAACGUGCCUUUAGUCCUCAGCGCAUGUUUCGGUCCCGGCCUCCACCUUCAGGAAAUACGGCAUAAGAACUCCUGUGGAAGAUGGAACUCCUUGUCCAUUUUCCAGAAUGUGUUUCCAAGUCCAUCCGAGGAACCUGAUACUGCUGUUCUGUCUUGAAAUGCUUGAAGAACUCCCACAUCUCUGCCUGCACCUUCCAUCCUCCUGAAACCAUGGUCUUCUCACCAGUGUUGACAGCUUCCCAUACCGGGGCAUCCAACACGACAUUUGUAGUCUAUGAAAACUCUUACAUGAAUAUGACAGUCCCUCCACCAUUCCAGCAUUCCAGUAUUGGUCCACUACUUAGAUAUAAUUUUGAAACCAUGGUUCCCACUGGUUUGAGUUCCUUGACAGUGAAUAGCACAGCUGUGUCCCCAACACCAGCAGUUUUUAAGAGCAUAAACUUGCCUCUCCAGAUCAUACUUUCUGCUGUCAUGAUAUUUAUUCUAUUUGUGUCUUUUCUUGGGAACUUGGUUGUUUGCCUCAUGGUUUACCAAAAAGCUGCCAUGCGAUCUGCAAUUAAUAUUCUCCUUGCCAGCCUGGCUUUUGCAGACAUGUUGCUUGCAGUGCUGAACAUGCCCUUCGCCCUGGUAACUAUUCUUACUACCAGGUGGAUUUUUGGGAAAUUCUUCUGUAGGCUAUCUGCUAUGUUUUUCUGGUUGUUUGUGAUAGAGGGAGUCACCAUCCUGCUUAUCAUUAGCAUUGAUAGGUUCCUUAUUAUUGUCCAGAGGCAGGAUAAAUUAAACCCAUAUAGGGCUAAGGUUCUUAUUGCAGUUUCUUGGGCAACUUCUUUUUGUAUAGCUUUUCCUUUGGCUGUAGGAAACCCUGAGUUACAGAUACCUUCCCGAGCCCCCCAGUGUGUGUUUGGGUACACAACCAAUCCGGGGUAUCAGGCAUAUGUGAUUUUGAUUUCCCUCAUUUCUUUCUUCAUACCUUUCCUGGUGAUACUGUACUCAUUCAUGGGCAUACUCAAUACCCUUCGACACAAUGCCUUGAGGAUCCAUAGCUACCCGGAAGGUAUAUGCCUCAGCCAAGCCAGCAAGCUGGGUCUCAUGAGUCUGCAGAGACCAUUCCAGAUGAGCAUUGAUAUGGGCUUUAAAACACGUGCCUUCACCACCAUUUUGAUUCUCUUUGCUGUUUUCAUUGUUUGCUGGGCCCCAUUCACCACUUACAGCCUUGUGGCAACAUUCAGUGAGCACUUUUACUAUAAGCACAACUUUUUUGAGAUUAGCACCUGGCUACUCUGGCUCUGCUACCUCAAGUCUGCAUUGAACCCACUGAUCUACUACUGGAGGAUUAAGAAAUUCCAUGACGCCUGCUUGGAAAUGAUGCCUAAAUCCUUCAAGUUUUUGCCACGGCUCCCUGGUCACACAAGGCGACGAAUCCGCCCCAGUGCUGUCUAUGUGUGUGGGGAACAUCGGACAGUGGUGUGAAUAUUGGAACUAUCUGAAAUUUUAGGUGAUGAUUGUUCUUCACUGAGUUUAAAUUUUUUUCACAUGGCUUCUUCACUCAAACUUUAUUGUUUUUUAUAGACUCUGUGUGUGUGUGUGUGUGUGUGUGUGGUAUAAAGAAUGAAAGAUAAUUAGUUGUAGACAUGUUACCAAGGAUACACGAUAGGAACAUGUUCACAAAAGUUACCUCCAGGGUUCAAGAAAAAUCCUUGAUUUAGCGUGGGGAGAUAGUUCUCUUUGUGUGUUUUGUUGACUGGUUUUAUUUUUGUAGCAGGAAUCAGGAUUCUGCUUUAUUGAGCCUGCAGUUACCUUGAAUUGUAGGUGUUUCGUAUGCUGCUAAGUUGUCUUAGUUGAGCUUAUCAAUUUUUUUUUUUCCUGGAGCCACUGCUGCUUUUUUUGCCAUUACAUUGGAGCCAAAACCUUUCAUACAUCUUAGUUAAUAAAUAUUUACUUUUACUUAAAAAAUACCCCAAGGAGGUUAAUGACAUUUUAAAGGUCAUUACUAUUUGCUUUGGUGCACUUUAAGAAGCAAUGUACACAUGAAUUCAGUCAUAUUUUUCUGAAUUGUUUUUAUACAUGAAAUAAUGCUUCAGGAAGCAUGUGCAUUGUCAUUUCUAGGAAUAGUAUUUUUAAAACGUUUAGUCUGCAUGUACAAUUUUAAAAGAAUGUAAAAUAUAAAACUUUCUGAGCACAGUAGCAACUUUUCAGAGCAAUAGAGGAAAAUCUAAGAGACAGAGCACCCGUGCAAAUUUCAGAGAGGAGCACAGCGGACAGGGUUGCCGGUGCGGGUUGUGGCAAUUCGCUUUACUUCAGGGUUCUCACCAGUGUAGUAGGGUAAGGAGUAGUACUUAGGAACACCGAUUGUGUGCCAGGCACUAGGCAUCUCUUUACUCUCCAGGGUGAGAUAGACGCCAUUUUUCAUUUUCAGAUGAAGACCGCAAAUCUCAGAGGGACUAAAAGUCCUACCCAGGUUUAGUGGUUAGUGGAUCCGCACAUCUCUGAAAUCCUGAGACUGUGCUGUUUCACUGCUGCACAGAUGCCUCUUUCAGCUCAGGUGUUUCGUAGUCAAGAGGGAAGGCUGCAUAUUUUCUAAAAGUUUUACAACUAAUACCUUCUUUUUGAAAAUAGCUUCAUUUUUCAUUACCAAAAAGAUAGCAAAGUAAUACAAAAAAUCUGGUGAUAGGCCACAUGAAAUCAGUUAUAGCCACCUUUUAGGGUGGAACUUAAUCUAAAUUAUAAAAAUAGGUACAAAUAAAAAUGAUGAAUGUAAAAAUAAAGGAAAAAGGUGAUUAUUUUUUAUUUUUAUUUUUUUUGAUUUGGAAAACAAGUGACUGACAGUUAUUGAGAAAUUAAAGAUAGGUACAUAUAGAUCUUGCCCUUCCAGGCCUGGAAUUUCUCAUUGUCCAGCUAUGUUCAUUAUAAAUGUUCUGGGCAGAGUAGCAUUGUUGCCCCAGUGUUUGCUCCAGCAGAGCUGGAGUUUGUGAGCGUACUCAGAAAUGCUUCUUUUGCAAGGGAAGAUAAACCCUGAUCUGUGCCUAGAGGUAGUUUUAGUAUGGAAGCCCUGAGGUUUCAAUUUAUUUUUCUCUUGAUGACUGACUGCUUCCCUGGGUGAUUCAAGCCCUUUGGUCAGCUUCUCUGUGACCACUGGCACGCUUCAUAAAAUAGCCAACAGGGUGGGACUGCAGACUAAGGCCAUAAGGGCUGAAAGUGUAGCCUCUGGGCCACAUUAUGACCUAACUCUGUAAUUUAUCCAUAGAUUUAUAGCAUUUUUCUGAAUUUUAGUGCUUUGUGAGCCACUGGAAAAAACGUGUCUGUUUCUUCAGUCAUUAAACUAGUGAGCUGGAUUGAUCUCUAAAGUCUUAUUCAACUCUGAUGUGCUUUCCUCAUGAGAGUAUAGAAAUUUGAAGAUCUCAGCUAACUCGAGCUUUACUCUUUUUUCUGCAGUAUUACAUCUUUACAUUUUAUUUCAUUUACUGUUUUUAAAAAUUCAAUGCCUGAAGAUUUGUGUCAUAGUAUCAGGCGUUAGGAUGUUGGAAAGUUGUUGACAUCAGGGAAGACCUGUGAAACCUUGCUCUUCAGGUAAUUUGCAACUGUUUGGGAAUUCAUUCUCAGGCUAAAGAAGUCUUAGGACUCAAGUACAUCAUUCAACAAUUUGCUUUGGAAUCACCUUCAGAUGAUAGUCACCUACCUCUUUAAUUUGUAAUUUAGAUUAAUCACAGGUAAAAUGUUCUUCCACGGGGAACUUGUAGGACAUAAACACUAUUGUAGACUCUAGUAUAAUGCUGAAGUGUAUUUUGCUUGCCAUUGUCAAUAUAAACUGGAUCUCAAGUAGAUAUUAAAAAGGAUAGUUGAGGUUCGACUUUGUCAAGAAAGUCAGCACCAUCUGCUUUCAUCUUGUAUAUUGAUAGAUCUUGAAACUCCUUUUGUAGCUUGAGUUGAAACUGAGCUUUGUUUGCUUCGUUCUUGUUUCAUGAACAGUUUUAAGUACUUUAUGCUGCUGAGUAGGUAGUGCCUCCUUUGCUGAGAGCUCUGGAGUGGCUGCUGGGAUGCUCAGUGUUUGUGAAGAAGACCAUGCGGGCCUUUGUGAGAAUUCAGCACAGCACUGAGCAGUGGUUUUCUUUACACUGGACAAUCUUGAUCAGACGACAGUUUACACAUAAUUUUGAACAUUUUUAUUAUGUAUACAUUUUGUAAACUUUAAAAAAAAAACUAUGGUGUACCUUCAAGAAACUUCGGUGCGAAACUGCAUGUUGCUUAUUCCCCUGUAUUUUCUUGAGGGGGAAAAAUACCACUACUAAGUAUCACUGCUGACUGACAUAAUCAGAAAUUACGCUUUUUUUGUUUUUCCUUCUGGCCACUAAAUAAGUAGUAUGAAAGAUAUAAUGAAAUAGUUUUGGUCAAAAGCGAAAGUCAAGCAAAAUCCCAGAUAGUCUGUAGUAGUGGUGGUUAAAAUUUAGUAAGUGUUUAUGUAUUCCUUGGGGGAUCUGAACAGUGCAAAUAAUUCUUGGGCCUACAGAGGGUCUGUGGUUGGAGCCAGAAAUACACAUUCUUAUUUUAUCAAGCAUUUUGCCCGAUUCUGGUUCAUGUGGUCGCUGGGGCACAUUUCCAAAAAUCAUCUCUAGACAAUAUAUCAGAUUAAGCAGUGUCUAUUUUAUCUCAUGAUGCUUGUUUUGUGUUGGAAGUUACUGUCUCCUAGUGCAUGGAUAAUGCACAUCAGGAGGAAAAACUACAUAUUGUGUCUAAUUGGCUGCCAUGUAUAUUAGUGUGGAGCUUGCGAGUGUUAGCUUUACUUUCUUUCACUGGCAAAAAUUCUGAUAAACCACACUUCCACAGUAGAACGAAAGGUGUGACUUAGUAAUGGAAAGUCCUAACUUUCCGAAGUCUAAUUACUCUUACAUUUACUUUGUCCUAGAGACAUCUCUCUAGGGCAUUUCUUGAUUGUAUGUAAUUUCUUGGGGAAUGUGAGGCAAAUGUAAAGAACUUUCUAAUUCUUAUUGCUCUGCUUAUGCCAGUUGUAUUCAAUGGAAGCAUGAAAUAAAAUAACCUUUUUAAUCUAUGUAUUUCUGUUGCCAAGAGAGAUGUCAUUUUUGAUCUUCGCUUUUGUUUACAUGAAAAUAUGUAUAUAUCACAGAAAAGUUUUCACUUGCUUGACAUUUUGAUGUAUAUCAUGAUUUUUAGUUUAAGUUUAAAGAACUGCUAGAUUCAAAUUUAUCUUUACAACCGUAGCCCUGCUAAGCUGAAAACUCAGUUUUUAUAAUAAUAAAAAUAUCAAAGCACAUGUUUGUUAUUGCAAGUACAUGGUAAUAAUUUCUUAGGUAUCUAUUGAUACUAGUCCUUUAUACUUAAAAUUAAUAUAUUUUACAAUAGUACCUGGCACAUAUUUUAAAAAGUUUGAAUUUUGGGUUAUAAUCUUUAAAUCUCAAAAAGUAUGGCUAUUUGUGCAUAUUGUUAUAACCAAGAAAAGACCUCCCAAUAAGAAAGUGAAUAAACGUUGGACAUUUC